AGCUGAACGUGGAGCCCACAGUCCAGCCUGCAGGUUGGUCACUUCAGGUCUACACACAUGCUUGGAUGAGUCGACUUCAGUGACUGCGGAUACCAUUCUUAGUCUUCCAUGGGCAUUGCUGAUUAUUCAUUGUAUUUCGAUUGGAUGCUGAGAAGGUGCUGCUGGCUUUCUUCUUGAGAUCUACUCCCGCAUAGCCUCCAGAUUUCUACGUUCCCUUAUUUAAGGGGCAAGGGGGGACCUUCAUACGUUUGUGGAUCUUCACUGAAUCUCCAAGAUGGAUAGACCGUGAAUUUCCCUUACUUUCUUUGACUCUAUCCUUGCAGCCCAUGGCUGACUGAGUAGUGACUCUUUAGUACGUCCCUUUCCAUUCCAAAUUCCAGACAACAACUACAGUGCCAACACAAUGCAGAGGCAAGUGGAGGUCAGAAUGCAUGAAAGCCAUUUGGAGCCCAUCGUGGAGCCUCCUCAGCCUAUGUGUUGGGGAAUAUGCAGCAAAAUCAUGAAUAACUUGGUCCUUUUCCUCACCGUCCUUGGUGUGAUCACUGGCUCUGUUUCUGGAAUACUACUGCGUCCCAUGUCGCCGCUCCCCCCUGAUGUGAUCAUGAUCAUCUCGUUCCCAGGAGACAUCCUGAUGAGGAUGCUGAAGAUGCUCAUCCUGCCCCUGAUCAUCUCCAGUCUCAUCACAGGACUGGCAGGGUUGGAUGCCAAGUCCAGUGGCCGCCUGGGCACCCGAGCCAUGGUGUACUACAUGUCCACCACAGUCAUCGCUGCCGCUCUGGGUGUCAUUCUGGUGCUGCUCAUCCACCCAGGUAACCCCAAGCUGAAGUCCAACCUCGGGCCUGGCAAGAAGAACGACGACGUCUCCAGUCUGGAUGCCUUCUUCGAUCUAAUUCGAAACCUUUUCCCAGAAAACCUGGUUCAGGCCUGCUUCCAGCAGAUCCAGACAGUCACCACAAAAGUCCCCGUACCUACCAACAGGACCAGGGGUCCACCACAGUUUACCAUCAAAAGGGGUCUUCAGUACAAGAGUGGGAUGAAUGUGCUAGGUUUGAUCGGUUUCUUUGUGGCUUUCGGGAUAAUCAUGGGGAAGAUGGGAGACAAGGCCAAGCUCAUGCUGGAGUUUUUUAACGUUCUCAACGAGAUCGUCAUGAGGAUUGUUGGCAUGAUUAUGUGGUAUUCCCCUUUCGGUAUCGCCUGUCUCAUCUGUGGGAAGAUCAUCUCAAUCGAUGAUCUGGAAAUGGUUGCCAGGCAACUGGGAAUGUACAUGGUGACCGUGAUCGUGGGCCUUGUCAUCCACGGUGCCAUAUUUCUACCGCUAAUAUACUUAGUCAUCGUGAAGAAAAACCCCUAUGUCUUCUUCAUGGGAAUCUUCCAGGCCUGGGUCACCGCUAUUGGGACAGCAUCUAGCGCUGGUACCCUGCCAGUCACAUUCCGCUGUCUAGAGGAGAACUUGGGCAUCGAUAAGCGAGUGACGCGAUUCGUGCUCCCCGUGGGCGCCACUAUCAACAUGGACGGCACUGCGCUUUACGAGGCUGUGGCAGCCAUCUUCAUCGCCCAGAUGAACAACAUCGACCUCGACUACGGCCAGAUCGUCACUGUCAGCCUGACAGCUACCUUGGCCAGUGUGGGAGCGGCCAGUAUCCCCAGUGCUGGAUUGGUGACCAUGCUACUGAUCCUAACAGCCGUUGGGUUACCCACCCAAGACAUCAGUCUGUUGGUGGCUGUUGACUGGCUGCUGGAUCGGUUCCGAACCUCCGUCAACGUGGUUGGGGACUCCUACGGGGCGGGGAUCGUUUACCACCUAUCCAAAGAUGAGCUCGACGCGUUUGACGCCGCACAAAAAGUUGAUGAAUUUGAGUUGACAAAGUCCCAAUCCUUCUUCGAGAACAACACCAACCAGUGUGUUUACGCUGCAGCCCACAGCACAGUCAUGAUAGAUGAUUGCAAGUAAAUUCAACCAUUUCAACCAAAAUUCAACCGACCAACCAACCAAAUUCAACCAAAAGGAUGGCCUGCAAGUAUUACCCCCUUGGUUUCUCUGCUCAAACCCUUUGACAGCUUCAAUAUGACUGUGCCUUGGUCUUACAGUUAGAUGUCCCUGGUAAUUGCUUGCAGGUAUCCAUGGGCAAUGGAAACGGCCACCCCAACGGCCACCCCAACACUGCAGAUUUCUCUCUUGUUGAGGAGGAACCAUGGAAACGAGAGUAAAGCAGCACCCUGCUCCGACCUCAUCCUGACUUCCACAAGCUUCCCUUCCUGACCAAAAUAAAGAACGUAACCACACUUAGCCCUGUAAUCACAUCAGUCUUACUUCCUGUGGUCUGUCUAUGGUCAGUUCAUUGACUAUGGGAUGAAGCUCCCCUCCCACAAAACAACGUAGGUACCAAUCCACUUGUACCUAUCUUAAACAAUUAGAUUAGGACUUCCAAAUGACAUUGCUUAAGCUGUGCUGGUGCUUUUUAAGGCAUUGUUUAGUAUAAUGGAUCCAUUCUGGUGGCUGUAUUCUGAACCUGUUUAGUAUAAUGGAUCCAUUCUGGUGGCUGCAUUCUGAACCUGUUUAGUAUAAUGGAUCCAUUCUGGUGGCUGCAUUCUGAACCUGUUUAGUAUAAUGGAUCCAUUCUGGUGGCUGUAUUCUGAACCUGUUUAGUAUAAUGGAUCCAUUCUGGUGGCUGCAUUCUGAACCUGUUUAGUAUAAUGGAUCCAUUCUGGUGGCUGUAUUCUGAACCUGUUUCGUAUAAUGGAUCCAUUCUGGUGGCUGUAUUCUGAACCUGUUUAGUAUAAUGGAUCCAUUCUGGUGGCUGUAUUCUGAACCUGUUUAGUAUAAUGGAUCCAUUCUGGUGGCUGUAUUCUGAACCUGUUUAGUAUAAUGGAUCCAUUCUGGUGGCUGUAUUCUGAACCUGUUUAGUAUAAUGGAUCCAUUCUGGUGGCUGUAUUCUGAACCUGUUUAGUAUAAUGGAUCCAUUCUGGUGGCUGUAUUCUGAACCUGUUUAGUAUAAUGGAUCCAUUCUGGUGGCUGUAUUCUGAACCUGUUUAGUAUAAUGGAUCCAUUCUGGUGGCUGUAUUCUGAACCUGUUUAGUAUAAUGGAUCCAUUCUGGUGGCUGUAUUCUGAACCUGUUUAGUAUAAUGGAUCCAUUCUGGUGGCUGUAUUCUGAACCUGUUUAGUAUAAUGGAUCCAUUCUGGUGGCUGUAUUCUGAACCUGUUUAGUAUAAUGGAUCCAUUCUGGUGGCUGUAUUCUGAACCUGUUUAGUAUAAUGGAUCCAUUCUGGUGGCUGUAUUCUGAACCUUACUCGACACUGCAUGUUCUCUGAUAUACGCAAUGCAGCACUUUUGUUGCUGCACAUCCUUUUUGGGGAAAAAGCAAUCCUUCUGUCUGUUUUAUGUAUAAAAAAUGUAGGGGUUUUGUUAGCGCCAGAGGCAGUUCAGAGAAUGUGUGCUUAUGGGAUGUGGCCUUGCCAGUUGUAUACAAGGACCAGUUGAGGAGUGUUAUGAUGAGAAGCCCCUCCUUGGAGAAGCCUUCUGUCAGUCAAUACUAUUCCUAUUCCUGACCCUGCACAACCUUAUAACAAUGUUCCAGAAAUGCUUGAUGUUCCAGGGAUUGCUAGAUAUUCAGUGGUGGUCGAUUCACUUUUCUUUGGUUUCCAGAGUGGCUUUGACGCUUUCUAAAACCUGCUGCCUUCUAAUAGCACUAAGAAGAAAAUAACUUAAAGAGCCUUGGUAAUGCACAUUUUCUUAAAAAUUAAAAAAAUUGCAAAAACACCAAGGCAAACACUGAACUAUCUCAAAAAGCCCUUGACUUUACUACUGCCUCUUGUUGCAGUCAACCAAUAGCAGCAAACAGGUUCUGAAAUCGUUAACGUAACAACAUCCUGCAGCAAAGGGAAGCAGAAUGUUGACCAUGUGGCUCCCCCUUGUGACAGAAUAAAAACAAGUGUUGGGUGUGUUGAAGGAGCUCCAAUACCUUUGACUUAGAGGAUUAAACUCUGGCAUCGGCACACAUGAUCAGCCUCUAAGCACUGGAGCUUACCUCUGGACUUAACAGCACUAAAUGCCUCCAAAUGCGGCUGCUACGUAUUUAUAGACAGACAACGACGCAAGGUGCAUAUGGACAGCAUUAACAAGACAUGUGCAGAGGCAGGCAGAGGAUUUCAUGUGUUCCCUCCCCUGGCUGUAAGAGGACAAACACACCAACAAUCAAUAUAUUCUGUGUGUGUGUGUGUGUGUGUGUGUGUGUGUGUGUGUGUGUGUGUGUGUGUGUGUGUGUGUG